CUCUCUGAUAGCCUGAACCUGAUUCUAGACCUUUGCUUUACCUGAUGCAGUUCCUGUUUCUGACCUCAUCGGUCCUGCUAAAGGAUUAUACACAUGGGUCAGGAAGCUCUCCUGGUGUAUGCCCGCCUCCUUUUCUUUGGUCCUGCCUCCAACAUGAGGGUUUAGAUUCCAGGCCCUCCUCUUCCCUUGGCUGUGGGGUAGUGAAGGGCUGUCAGCAGCUAUAAGCACUAGACAGUUCAGUAAAACACCACGAGAGAAGCUGAUUUGCAGCAAAGUGAAAGGGAGAAACAGCAGCCAAGCCACGGCCUUCACAGUGAGUCUUAGUGAAGAAUUUUUGUCUCUGCUCUCUGGGACCAUUCAGACUUUCUACUGGGAAUAAUGGGACUCUGUCUGUAUUAGAACUGGUUUGGAAAAGCAGAGGAGUUGCUGGUUCUCACUUUCCAAAUCAAACCAUGCAAAGUGUCAGAGAACAAACAAAUAAAACCAGCUGAAUUACUGACUGACAGUUCUGCUCUUCUGGCUCAUGCACCUACGCUGCUGCUGCUGCUGUGCUGAUGUUUGCAGGUUCUGCUCUUCACUUUCUGUGGUCUAAAUUAAACCAUGGUGGCCAACGACCUCAAAGUGAUCUCUGACCCCGUGGCAUCACAACCCCCUGCUCGGUGCCGGAGUCCCUUCAACAGCAUCAAGUUCUUUGUGCUCUGUCACAGUUUGCUGCAGCUGGCGCAGCUGUUGGUGUCAGGCUACAUGAAGAGCUCCAUCUCCACCAUUGAGAGACGCUAUGGCCUCUCCAGCCAGAAGUCGGGGUUCUUGGCUGCCUUCAACGAGGUGGGGAAUACAGUCCUCAUCAUCUUUGUGAGUUUCUUCGGGAGUCGAGUCCACCGGCCACGGUUCAUCGGCGUCGGCGGCGGUGCUCUGCUGGCCUGCCUGGCCUCACUGCUGAUGGCACUGCCACAAUUCCUGAACGGACCAUAUGAAUACACCGACCACAUCACCUCCUCCAGUGAUAACAGCUCUGGCCUCUGCCGGUCACAGAGCUCCCUCAGCACCUUGUCUUCCAAUCAGAGCUGCAGCGAGCAGGAGAGCCCCUCCCACCAGGGGGUGUACCCUGUGCUGCUGCUGGGGCAGCUGUUGCUGGGUAUCGGAGCCGUGCCCAUCCAGCCUUUUGGCAUCUCCUACAUAGACGACUACGCCAGCAGGAGGAACUCUCCGCUCUACCUCGGCAUCCUCCUCGCUGUGACCUCCAUUGGCCCAGCCUUUGGCUUCAUCACUGGCUCCAUCAUGCUGCGCUUCUAUGUGGACAUUGACAAGCUACCCAAAGAUGAGAUCAAGCUGGACCCCAAAGACCUUCGCUGGGUUGGAGCCUGGUGGCUCGGCUUCCUGGUGGCAUCCUGCCUCAUCUUCAUCACUGCGCUGCCUUACCUCUUCUUCCCCAGAAACAUGCCCAGAGAGGAUGCCGGGGACGAUGCCGAGUCAGGACAACACAGUACGCAGCAGCAGACAAACCCACUCCAGGAACUCUCCCUCCCUCAGUUCCUCAAAAGUUUUCCUCGUAUUGCUCUGCGGACCCUGAGGAGUCCCAUCUACCUGCUGGUGGUUCUGGCGCAGGUCAACCUGGCAGCGCUGCUGUCCGGCCUUGCCACGUUUAUGGCCAAGUUUAUUGAGAGACAGUUCAGCCAGACGGUCUCCUUUUCCACCCUGAUGAUUGGAGGUGUUUGUAUCCCCCUGGCAGUGCUGGGCACCGUCCUGGGUGGAGUUCUGAUGCGAAGAUUGAAUCUUUCGGUCAGCGGCGCUAGCAAGUUCUGCAUGGCCGCUAUCCUGCUGUGCAUGCUUACCGCCAUGCCGCUGCUGUUCAUUGGCUGCCCCACGCAGACGGUCAAUGGGGUCUUUCCACCCAGCUCUGAGGCACUGUGUAGUUCCAGUUGUCAGUGUCGCCAGGAGGCAUUCAACCCAGUCUGUGGCUCUGAUGGUGUGGAGUUCAGGUCUCCUUGUCAUGCUGGCUGCACAGCCAUGGAAAUGGAUGCCAACAAAACAGUCACAAACUACACUAAGUGUCGGUGUGUUGGCCAUCUCGGAUACGCCUCUCCUGGAACCUGCGGCAGUGGAUGUGCCCACCUCCUCUACCCCUUCGUGGCUCUGCUGGGCCUCACCAGCUUCGUGGCCUCCUUCUCCCAGACGCCGUCCUACAUGAUGAUACUCAGGACAGUGCCAACAGAGGACAAGUCUUUUGCGGUGGGGGUUCAGUACAUGCUGUUCAGGGUGCUCGCGUUCAUGCCUGGCCCAGUGUUAUAUGGCAGCGUCAUUGACACCACCUGCAUCCUGUGGGGCAAAAAGUGCGGCAAACAGACUUCCUGUCACUACUACAACCUGGACCGCUUCAGAGAGAGGUUCCUGGGUCUGCAGGUGGUCUUUGUGCUGCUUUGCUUCCUGCUGCCCAUCGUGGUCCUGCGCAAGAUGGCUAGACAUCAGGAACAACAGCCGGAGAGUAAAGGGGGGUACAAGCUGGUGAGCAAGGAGAAACCACCAGAGAACACUUCUUCCAAAGAACAGGAAAUGGAAGGCAUCAAAACCUGAGGAAGCGAAGUGAGAGGAUGCAGGGUAAGAAUGAGGCAGAGGCUGAACAAGGAGAUUAAGCAAAGAGGAAGAGAAAGUUUUCUAAGAUGGUCAAACAGAAAGGUGCUGCUCUGUCAACACUCAGUGUGUCCAGCGUUUCUCCUGACUGUCUGGUAAAGCACCAGCCUGCACGAUGAGACUACAAUAUGCUUCAAUACUGUGUUUUUUGCUGAGCCAUAUAUUGUCACAUAUAUAAAUGAAAUGUUUUUAUAUGACCCCAAACAGCCGGCUCCAUUUUUAAAAUGGUGCCUGUGCUGCUGAUGUUUGCAGUUCCUACUAGAUGCUGCUCAAGGAAAACUGACUGUACCGUUGUACUUAAGUAAAUGUGAGAACUCCCAACUUAUAUCUGCAAAUUCAGAGUCGGUUACUGUGAUCUUUGAUGCUGAGUUCAACCAUUCAGAUUACUUGUGCUGUGCUGCAGCAUGGCUCCAGGAAGGUCAGCGUCAGUCUGACGGUCCACCAGAGUGAAAUAUCUCAACAACUAUUGGAUAGAGUCUCAUGAAAGGUGUUUCAGACGUUUAUGGUCCCAGAGGAUGCAACCGGCCAGACUGGUGCUACUAGGACAUGGACAUUAUGUAAUUAAGUGAUAUGUUUGACAGCUGCUGAAUGGAUCACUUUGUUCUAAGACAUUCAAGCUCCUCAGAUAUCUACCAAACCAUCGACCUCAGCUGGGUUUGGUGUUAUCUACCAUGCUAAACUAAGAUGGUAAACAGCAUGCUGACAUUGUCACCGUGAUGAUGCCAGCAGGCUGCAGCAUAGUGUUUAAGAAUUUACUGUAUCUUCCAGAAAUUGUAUUUGAAAUGUUUUACACACCUGACCCUGUUUUUUGUGACUUAGCCUGCAGUGAUUGUAAAUUUUUAUCAUUUUAUUCAUGAGUGUUUUUACUCUGAAAAUCACAUAUUUCAAGUAAAGAAAAUGUUUCUAAAUAUUUUAAAAAGAUAUUAUUUCACAUGACCUUGUUGAUGAUGGUUUUAUACUGACUGGCCUUAAAAUACAAAUGCUGAUCAUCAUCAGAUUCAAAGACUAAAUUAAGGAGGUUCCAGUGCAGUGGAAGACUAUAGGUAUUUCAGCCAAGUUCUCAUUGAUACUGAUGUCAGUUUGUGAACUAUAUAUGUUGGGGGCAUCAUCAUUUUGCUUACAAUCACUACCAAACUGUGUAGACCUUUCUUGGGAAUAUUCUAAUUCACAGUUAAACACCAGGAUAUCAUGAGGAACUUUUUCAGGAAAUUAGCCUGAAAAUAGAGGAGCCAUGAAAUAAAGUGCUACCAAAAUGUC